AUGGAGUGCCGGCUCCCGCUGGUGCUCGGCCUCCUCGCCUGGGCCGCGGCGGCCGCCACGGGGGGCAGCGCGCAGGCGCUGGCGUGCGAGCCCCACAACCUCGCCACCCAGAUCACGCUCUUCUGCAUGCGGGCGGGCCAUCCCACCGCGCCCUGCUGCGAGCCGGUCGUCGCCUCCGUCGACCUCGGCGUCUCCUGUCUCUGCCGCGUCGCCGCCCAGCCGCCGCUCGACCUCGCCCGCCUAAACGUCUCGGAACUCCUCGCGCUUUACACCGCGUGCGGGCGCCUGCUGCGCACCGGGGGCGCCCACCUCGCCGCCGCCUGCCAAGUUCCGUCGCCCCCUGCCGCCGUCCCCAUCAUCGCCCCACCGCCUCCUGCCGCGCCUCGCCACAGGCGGCUGCUGCUGCCGCCGGCACGUGUGUCCAGGCCACCGAGAGGAGCCUGCAACAGCUCUGCUCUCGCCUUCACGGUUGUGGACCAGUGCCCGUCGUCCCCCGUGGAGCCGCCGCCUCUAGGCUGCUGCGCGGGUGUGCUGGAGAUCGUGGACAGCGCGGACCGCUGGUGCCUUUGCAGGGUCGCUGAGGAGAUGGGAUUCUACGAUUCCGACAUGACCGUGGACAUGGUCUGGAGCCUCUACCGGAUUUGCGGGGGCCGCCAGGAGGCCGUUCCCAAUGACCGGGAGAGUUGCAACCAUGUGCCGGCGCGGUCUCCGCCUCCGCCUCCUCCCCCUCCGCCCCGCCAGCUGCCCCCGCCGCCCCCGCCAUCGCGGCCUGCUCGACAAGAAGGCCUGGAUGGUUGGAGGCUGGCCCUCUUCAUCGCGUCGGUCGUGGUGGGCGGCAGCAUAGUGGUGUGGCUGUCGUUGUGGCUCGCAUCUUGGCUUGUGUCCUUGAGCAGGACGCCGGCGGCGGCAGAAGGUAUAUAUUGCUCUGCAGCUUUGCCUUAG